CCACUAAAGUUAAAACCAACACAAUACACAUGUUUUUUUAAAAAGAUAAAUAUUAGUGUCUUUUCAAAAUGAGUACUAAAUGCAUUGAUAUUGGUUUUGUUGAAGAAAAAUCUAAUUGGCUUCUACACCCAAGAUUUUUUCCAAGUAAAGUUGGUGGAAAACCAGCUUGGUUAGAUCUAAAAAAUAUUCCUAAUCCUACAGAAUUGUUCUGUAAAAAAUGCAACGACCCGCUCACUUUCUUAUGUCAAGUGUAUGCACCUUAUGAAGAUAGUAACAAUUGUUUUCACCGAACCAUAUUUCUAUUCAUUUGUAGAAAUAGUUCUUGCUGCCAAACAAAUUUAACGGAUAAUUUUUUAGUAUUGCGUUGUCAGCUGCCUCGUAAAAAUGAGUAUUACUCUUUUGAACCAUAUGAAGAAAAUGAAAAUGAGAACUUUCCAAUGGAUAAAUGGGCAAAAUUAUGCAAUCUCUGUGGUUUAAAAGCACCGUCUCAUUGCUCCAAAUGUAAAAAAAUAUUUUAUUGCAGUCGUAAACACCAAAUUAUGGACUGGCAAAAGGGACACAAAGACAUUUGCAAUGAUACACAAAAAGUAAAUGAAUAUAGCUCCAAUUGCUUUGUUGUAACAGAAGCUGGAAAAUCAAUAUUGUUCAAGGAAUGGGAAUUACUUGUAGAUGAAGAGGAUGAGGAAGAAGCGGGUAAUAUUGAUCCAAAUCAAGAAAUGGAAAAAUUAAACAAAAUGAUGGAAGAAAAAAAAGCUGGUACUAUGAGUAAUAUUAGUGAGAGUGAACUUGAACAAUAUGCUGGAACAUUACCCGAAGAUAAGGUUUUUAGCAAAUUUACUAAAAGGAUAGCUCGACAUCCAGACCAAGUAUUAAGGUAUGAUAGAGGUGGCAUACCUCUAUGGAUAACUGGAAAUACAGAAAACAGCCUAAUCAAUAUUCCUAAUUGCCAGUACUGCAAUAGUGAAAGACAAUUUGAAUUUCAAAUAAUGCCUCAAUUGUUAAACUUCCUAAAUGUUGGUAUAGAAUUUAACAGCAUAGACUGGGGUGUGCUAGCUAUAUACACAUGUAAAGCAAGCUGUGAUGCUGGACCAGUAUAUAAGGAAGAAUUUCUAAUAAAACAAGACUUGACUAAAUAAAUAAUCUAAUAAAUCUA